GACCACCUAGAAGGAGAUUGGGGGGCUGACUGUGUUGGGGCUGUUGAGAACACUCUCAUCGAGGGUGCUGCCUGCCUCGCCCACUGUAAGAAGAUGUCUUAUGGACCUGUUGCCAGCGGAGGUGGCCUAGGGAGCUGUGGCUCUUUUGGGACACCCUCCAGACAAGGCUCUCAGCCCCUAGGGCCAGGCGUAUCUGAAGGCAGCCGGAUGUUGGAACCAACCUCGCUACCUACCACUGGCCCAAGGAAGGACUCAGCUGCUGGACCCCAUGGCCGGAAGGCAGCCACCCGUGCCAAGAAGAGGAAGCCCAACUUUUGUCCACAGGAGACCGAGGUGCUGGUGUCUAAGGUCAGCAAGCACCACCAGCUGCUGUUUGGCACAGGGCUGCUGAAGGCCGAGCCCACCUGCCGAUACCGAGUAUGGAACCGCAUCCUGCAAGCGGUCAAUGCGCUGGGCUACUGCCGCUGCGAUGUCGUGGACCUGAAGCACAAGUGGCGAGACCUACGUGCAGUCAUACGGCGCAAGCUGAGUGAGCUUUGCAAGGUGGCCCUUGGCCCCAACUCCAGCAUGCCACAGGCCCUGGUUCUCACGCCGGUGGAGCAGGCAGUGGCCAAGACCUUCUCCUACCAGGCCUUGCCCCACGAGGACAUCAGUCUGGAGCUGCCCAGAGGUGAGCAAAUUCAUCCCUGCAAUGUCCAGGAGCUGUGCCAAGAGAUGUCGGGCAACAUCUUCAGCAUCAACUCCCAUGUAACCUCCUUGGAGCAGAGCCUCCGGUCCCGGGGGACACUAAGUGACACACAGGAGCUUCGAGACAGCCUGCACACAGUGCAACAGGAGACCAACAGAACUGUCACGGCCAGUGCCAGUGCCACGAAGCGGAUGUCAGAGCUCUUGCAGGGCUCCUGCCCGCAGGAGCGCCUACAGCUAGACCGAUUGAAAACCCAGCUCUCAGAUGCUGUUCAGUGCUAUGGAGUGGUACAAAAGAAAAUUUCAGAAAAAGCCAGAGCACUGCUUCCGGUGGUGCAGAGGGGCGGCAAGCAGCAGAGUCCCCGGGCUCCUUUCACGGAGCUGGCUGAUGACGAGAAGAUCUUUAACGGUGGUGAUAACAUGUGGCAGGACCAGGAGCAGGAGCUGCUUCCAGACAUCACAGAAGAAGACUUGGAGGCCAUCCGGCUGCGUGAAGAAACCAUCCUACAGAUGGAGAGUAGCUUGCUGGAUGUGAACCAGGUCAUCAAGGACUUGACCUCCAUGGUGCCAGAACAAGGGAAUAACAUUGAGUCCAGCAGCAGGAAGGUCACAUAUCAGCAGAGCUCUAGUCCUGAACUGGUUGAGGCAUCUCUGCUGCCAGGAGUGCAUUCUCGUACCAAGACACGCAAGCCCAACUUCAGCCCCCAGGAGACGGAGGUGCUAGUGCAGAGGGUGACGCGCCACUACCCAUUGUUGUUCGGGGCGUUGCGAGGCACACCAGCACGGAAGCACCAUGUGUGGAGCAGGAUCCUGCAGGCCGUGAAUGCACUGGGCUACUGCCGCCGAGACUUGAGUGACCUCAAGCACAAGUGGUGGGAUCUGCGAGGGGCUGUGCGCAAGAAGCUGGCCGAGAGCCCGACCUCUAGCCUUGUCUUCACACCCAUCGAGCGUGCAGUGGCUAAGACCUUCUCAGCUCCAGCCUCUCAAGGCGAAGGCCAGGCUGCAGAGCCCCUGCCAACUGAUGAGGAGGAUGAAGCCUCCAGCUGCCAGUGGCUACCACCAAGGACUCUGGACGGACCCAGCCCGCCUGAACCUGACCCCCUGGACUUCCGUGGAGUCUUCCAUGCACCUGCCUCACCCUCCCCACCUGCCUCUCCAGCCUUGGCGCCCUCUGCAGCUGCAUUCAUGGGGACCUGUGGGUCCUCUGGGCCAGCAUCUGUAGUGCCCCCACCCUCUGGGAGGACCCCAGUGGCAGCACCCGAGGUGUCUGCAUUUGAGCAGCGUCUGCUGGACUCACAUGGGCGGCAGGGUGCCUUGCUAGCCUCCUGGUCACAGCAGCAGAGUGCACUGAUGGCCCAGCAGAACCUGCUACUGCAGCAGCUGGCUGAGCAGAGCCGAUGGCUGGCCAAUGGCCUGGAGGCCCUCAACAGGACCCCCCAGCAGCUGGUGGCAGUGCACCCAGCGCAUGAAGCCUCAUCCUCAGCCCCAGGUGGUGCUCCUGCUGAUGGAGCAGCCCAGGGGCCCACCAGAGACUCCCGGGACACCCACCCUGGAGGCCUGGAGGUCUUCUCAGGGAUGAUCCUGAAGGUGGAAGAGGAGUUAUAGGGAUGGCCUCCAGGGAGCUGGAAGGUUGAGAGGGCAUGCAAUGCCUCCCCCUGGUGCUCUUCCUUGCUGGCCUUUCUGUGGGGUGUGGUGACCUGCUUCACAGCACCAGUUUCCAGAGCCAUGAUCUACUCAGGGAUCAAAGAAGGCAGAGGGACAGUCAUAGCAAGCUCGUCUCUCACCGCCAUGUCUCCCUUUAGCUGCUGGAGCCAGUGACCCUGGAGUUCGCUUCAGGAGCUUUCCCUGUGGGUGGUGGGAGGGAGAAGAGGUACUCAGAGGCCCCUUUGACCUUGGAUACUGGAAAUGAUGGCUCAGCCAUCUAGAAGGGUGUAGUGUAGCCCUCCUGAAAGCCUCUAUCCCACUGAACCCUGAGGGUCUGGGCUCCUGUGUUUUUGAAUCUGGCCUAAGGGAGCCAUGUCUGUAGGCCUGGAACAAUUUCUCUCCAGUUUUACAUCUAUUAUAAGUGUACGUGUGUAUGUACAUAUGUUACUCAUCAUUGUACACAGGUGGAAUGCCAUUUUAUACCUGUUGAUUUUUCUUGCAAACACUAUUUUUCUUACAUUAGCACAAAAUAGCAGGAAAGGCAGCAGAGCUGCUGCUGCUGCUUGACAGUAAAUGAGCUGGAACUCUGCUCUGGUGGGUCUCGCCUCUGCUUGUGACCCCUCAGUAGGGAGUCCUGAGUGCUUCCCUGGUUUUGUAUCCUUCCCAUGCAUUGCCUCUGUGAGCUUCUGCCAUUGUACAUCUGCCCUUGUCAGGCAACACGCAGCCUAC